UGCGAGCCGUACGGCGGCGGCAGCGUCCCGGAGCUGUCAAACGCUGCGCACCGCCUCCAGUCAGUGGAGGCAGCAGACUAAUCCGUCAGACAAACAACUCGCAAGAUUAACCUUUUUUUAGCCUCGCCAAACUCGGCGUCGUCUCCGCACCCGGAAGCCUGCUUUUAAAAUCACAAUCGGUUUGUCACAUGGCUUUGGAGAAUUCAAUAACAACAAAAAAUGGCGACAAUCACGUUGCACUGUGUGGUCUUGCUGCGUCAUUAAAAAUAUUCAUGUAAACACGGAGGAUUGAACGGGAAAUCUGCAGUGUCUGAAUGUCAACUCUGUGGGUGAUGGAGCUGAGCAGGCAACUCUGUGGGAAAAUGAAGAGGUCCACCAGGAAAGCUCAGCUUUCCACUUCACCUGCUUCCCCUUGUGGCCUUGAGAUCCACUUUUACUUACCAGACGUGCACCAGCUGGAGUUCUUCAAAGGAUGCUACACUGUAGAGGAGCUCUGUGUGGAAGCGGCCAAGAAGUGCUUAAUAUCUCCCUUGUGCCAUAACCUGUUUGCCCUGUACAACGAGACAACCGGCACAUGGUAUCCCCCCAACCACGAGUUCAAGGUCACAGAAGACACCAGUAUCAAGUUGCAUUAUCGCAUGAGGUUUUAUUUUAGAAACUGGCAUGGCACCACUGAAGGAGAGAAUCCAGUAUGGAGACAUUGUAUCAGUAAACUCAGAGGUGGACUGAGCCCACAGAAAGCACCUGAAGGGACGCCUCUACUGGACGCCGCGUCUCUGGACUACCUGUUUGUCCAGGGCCAGCACGACUUUCAGGCCGGCGUGAUUCCGCUGAGAACAUGCCAGUCGGAGGCGGAGCAGCAUGACAUGGAAAAUGAGUGUCUGGGCAUGGCUGUGCUCGCUAUCACUCACUAUGCCAUGCACCAGGAAAUGCCUCUGUCGACCGCGUCAAAUGAAAUCAGCUACAAAAGAUUCAUCCCAGAGUCACUGAACCGUAACAUUAAGCAGCGCAACAUCCUGACACGCAUCCGCAUCAACAACGUCUUUAAGAAAUUCCUCAACGAAUUUAACCGCCGCACGGUGAAGGACAGCAACAUCACACAGUAUGACCUGAAGAUCAAGUACUUGGCCACACUGGAGGGUCUGACCAGCGGCCUUGGCAGCGAGCUGUUUGAACCCGCCUCGCUCAGCAUAACGAAUGAAGGAGACUACCACGAUGGUUUCAACAGCUACUACAACCAGAGCCAACGCCAGCCCCAAAAUCAGAACGGGGAGACGAGCAAAGACAUGCAGGUCUUGGUUACUGGUAUCACUGGCAUUUCCUGGAGGAAGAAGAAUGUUUUGACAUCCGCGAAUGCCAAAGAUAAGACAAAAUCAAAGAAAAAUAAGCUUGAUGGAAAACAGAAGGACGACAAAAAAAAAGAGGCGGCUGAUAACUGGGUGGUGUUCAGCGACUUCCACGAGAUCACGCACGCCGUCAUCGAAGAGGCAGUGGUCACCAUCUAUAGACAGGACAACAAGAGGAUGGAUUUGCAGAUGAGCUCUCAUGCUGAGGCUCUGUCCUUUGUGGCCCUGGUGGACGGGUACUUCAGGCUGACUGUAGAUGCCCACCACUACCUUUGCAAGGAUGUGGCCCCCGCAUCAGUUGUGCACAACAUUAACAACGGCUGCCACGGACCCAUCUGUACGGAGUAUGCCAGCCAAAAGCUGCGUCAGGAGGGCAACGAGGAGGGAACCUACAUCCUGCGCUGGAGCUGCACUGAGUACCAGCACAUCAUCAUCACUGUGGUCUGCAAGGAGGUGGACCUGAGAGAGUCUCGUCCAGUGCGUCAGUAUAAAAACUUCCAGAUUGAGGUGUCCUCUGAGGGAUACAGCCUGUAUGGCACUGAUACAUUGAGGCCCACUCUGAGGGAGCUGCUGGAGCACCUGGAGGGUCAAAGUCUUCGCACAGACAACCUCCAGUUCCAACUGCUUCGCUGCUGUCCCCCACAGCCGAGAGAGAUCUCUAAUCUGCUUGUGGUCACUAAAGAUCGAGCACCAGCCACACAGAAUCUCAGGGUCUUCGAUUACAUUCACAAAGAGGAUAUUGAGCAGGAGGAGCACCUUGGCCCAGGCACAAGGACAAACAUUUAUUCAGGCACGCUGAGGGUGAAGAAUGAGGAGAACGAAGAUGCUGGCUACACGUCCUUCCAGGAGGUCAAGGUGAUCAUGAAGGUGCUGGGUUCUGGACACAGGGACAACUUCUUGGACUUCAUUGAAAUAGCCAGUAAGAUGCGGCUUGUGUCACACAAACACAUCGUGCUCCUGUUUGGCGUGUGUGUCCACUAUCUGGAGAAUAUCAUUGUGGAGGAGUUCGUCCAGUACGGUCCUCUGGACGUGUUCAUGAGGAGACAGCAGAGUCCGCUCAGCACACCGUGGAAGUUCCAGGUGGCCAUGCAGCUGGCGUCAGCCCUCAGCUACCUGGAGGACCAGAAGCUGGUCCACGGCUUUGUGUGUGCGAAGAACAUCCUGCUGGCCAGAGACGGACUGGACCCCAACGAAGGAGGGCCAUUCAUCAAGCUCAGUGACCCGGGGCUGCCGAUCACCGUGCUGAGCAGGGAGGAGUGCGUGCACCGCGUCCCCUGGAUCGCUCCAGAGUGUGUGAAGAGCGUGUCCGCCCUGAGCAUCGCAGCUGACAAGUGGGGCUUUGGUACCACCCUGUGGGAGAUCUGCUACGAUGGAGAGGUCCCGCUCAAGGACAAGAAGCUCACAGAGAAGGAGAGGUUUUAUGAAACCGAGUGCCAACUGGCCACUCCAGACUGCACAGAGCUGGCUCAACUCAUGACCGCCUGCAUGAACUACGAUGUCAAGAAGAGACCCUUCUUCAGGGCCAUUGUCCGAGACUUGGACCGAGUGUAUAAAGUUUUCACAGACCCGUUAAUCAAACCCCAACCAUCACAGGAGGUCGAUCCAACGGUGUUUGAGAAGAGAUUCCUGAGGAAGAUCAGAGACCUGGGAGAGGGCCACUUUGGUAAGGUGGAGCUGUGCCGCUACGACCCUCGAGGAGACCGGACAGGCGAGCUGGUGGCGGUGAAGUCGCUGAAGCCCGAGAACAAAGAGGAGCAGAACAACAACCUCUCCACAGAGAUCAACAUCCUGAAGGCGCUGUACCACGACAACAUCGUCAAAUACAAGGGCAUUUGUCAGGAAGAAGGAGGACAGGCCAUUAAGCUAAUCAUGGAGUAUCUUCCUAUGGGCAGUCUGAAGGAGUACCUGCCCAGAAACAAAAGCAAGACCAGCCUGAGCACCCUGCUCAGCUACUCCACCCAGAUAUGCAAGGGAAUGGACUACUUAGGAUCUCGGAAUUACAUCCACCGGGACCUGGCUGCCCGGAAUGUGCUGGUGGAGAACGAGGGCACGGUGAAGAUCGGGGACUUCGGCCUCACGAAGAGCAUCAAGGACAACGAGGGAUACUACAUUGUGAAGGACGAGAACGACAGCCCUGUUUUCUGGUACGCUCCCGAGUGUCUCACCCACUGCAAGUUCUACCUCGCCUCAGACGUGUGGUCGUUCGGGGUGACGAUGUACGAACUCAUCACCUACUGCGACUCCGCCAAGAGCCCGAUGCCGAUCUUCCUCAACAUGAUCGGUAAAACCCAGGGUCAGAUGACCAUAGUCAGAUUGGUGCGGGUGCUACAAGAGGGGAAGAGGCUGCCGCGUCCUGAGGGCUGUCCUGAUCCCAUUUACGAGCUGAUGCGCAAGUGCUGGGAGCAGAUGCCCGAAGACAGAAUCACCUUCAAGAAACUGAUCGAGGAGCUGACCCGCCUGCAGCAGCAGCUCCAACCCCAGAACGACUGAGGGCUCCGAGGCUCCGCUCUGCCAGCGUGGAGUCAGACGUGACCUUCAGAACUGAUCCCAGCUCAGCGGGCACCCACACACAGUAGUAACAUUUUACAGAGAGACAGUAACGAGGGAUAAAAACUUCACACUGCUUCACUUUUAAGCCUUCUACAGCGCAUGUUAUAACCACUGAAGCCAGAAUCCAUUUCUCUGUCCAGCUUUUUUUUAUUUGAUUCCCACGAUAUUUGGAAUAAGUCUGUACUGUUCAAUCUUCUUAUAGUCUUAGUCUUUGCUAAAUGUGACUUUACUGCCUCAAAAGGAUUUCUAAGUGUAUCCAACACAUUUAACUGCCUGCAUUGAGAGAAUUGUGGAACUCGUGAGGCUGCGUACCCAAGGCUGAUCUUUGCUAAUCGAAGCAGAAGCGAUGGAACUCAAGACUGAGGCAGAGUGGAUCACUGCUAAAUCACCUGUGAAACGGUUGGAUGGAUGUGAGACUGGACCGGAAACGGUUUUCACCCUUUUUUAUGGACUCCUGAGAGAGAGAAAUCACCUGAUUUGAGUUUUAUGGCCGUAAGUGAUAAAAAGUUGCUGCUCUAGUUUUGUAGAUGACUAAAAUUGAUUAGGAGCCUGCGUUUAAAUGCGCUAACACACCCAACAACACAGAGGCUGUUUGAGAUGCACAGGAUCAGUUGUGACUGUAAUAAUCAUGCUUCAUGCUGUCCUCUUCCACCUGGAGGGAACAGUUGAAAUGUAGCAGAGAGCCAACGUGAUUUUUGUGGGAACUUUAUGCACUUAGAUGAUGACUCGCCUGUGCUCAGCAGCAGCAGAGGUUUACUACCCAGGAGACUCACUUGGGGGCAGUAUCAUGUCAUUUUCUUCCUCGGUUAUGUAGCGUUUAUAGAAACAAAGCUUCAUUAGUCAGAGAAAUAUCUACAUAUGCUCUACUUCAUGUAAGAGACGACAGGAGGAAGGACUUUAUCUGGUACAGGGUGAGAGUUUACUCAGUGACUUUACACAUUAUUCACAUGGCAUUUGUUUUCCCACAGCAGCCGUCCCGUUCCUUUCAUUGCUGUUUUGUGCAUUUUAUUUGUAACGUUCUCCAUUUAAUCACUGUACUUUGACACCAACAGGCCUGAAUCUAAAAUGUAUUUUAUCUAUGUCUAUGUAAGGUUUGAGCAGAGGGGGUUUCUUCAGUGUGUUAAACAUCAUGGUCAGUUCCACCUAAUGCAAACCUGCAGCUUGUACUGUGAACGUUGACAAAGAAGUCGCCGGACUGUUGGAGAGAGAGACGAGCUUCAGUCCACAGUUUAUUUAGGAAUGUAGAAGACAUCUCCCGCUCAAAAGAAAAGAAAUAUAUAUUUUUCAAAAUAUAACAAGUAUGAUUAUGGGAGGUAAAAGUAUCCAUAAAUACAAUGAAAAAAUAAAUAAAAUCAAUGUCCAUGUCA